AUGGAUAAAUCAAAGUUCUGCCGAUUCCACAAAGGCCACGGGCACAACACCGAGGACUGCAUCCACCUAAAGGAUGCCAUAGAUAUAUUAAUCAAGGAGGGACACUUGAAGCAAUACGCGAAAAAGCAGGAGGCCGCCAAAGAAGCCAAACCAAUCACCGAGGAAAAGCCGGCGGAGGAUACGCCCGCCAUGCAAGUGGCCAUGAGCAUCACUACGCCGGAAGACUUUUACCUCCCUGACUGGGCCAACUCAGCGACCUCCACCUCUUCUCACAGCGGAUGGGAGAUGUUCCCCUCCGCCAUGGUCAUAUCGGGCGGGGGAUUCAGCAAGCUCACCGUGGGAUCCGUGAAACGAAAAUUCGACGAGCUACUCUCAGCCAGUUCGAGCAAAGCCGUUGCUCUCGACCAAGGCAGCCCAUCCUCUAUAUCCUUCUACAAAGAAGAAUUGCCCGGGGGAGCACCCAAUGCCACCGUUCCCCUCCUCAUCCGGGCUCAGAUGGCCAACUUUGACGUCCGACGCAUAUUGGUCGAUCAAGGAAGCUCGGUUGACAUCAUGUACUCCCAACUGUUCAAAACGCUGCAGCUUAACGACAGCCACCUCACCUCCUACGUAGGAUCGGACCUACAAGGUUUCAACGGCACGGUAACUAAAAUGUGGGGCUUCGUCAAGCUCAUAGUUUCAAUCGGAUCGGCGGAAACCGCGAGGGCCGUUAAGGUCCAAUUCCUGGUCAUCGACUGUCCGUCGAUAUUCCAAUGCAUCCUCGGACGCCCGACCCUGGCCGAGUUGAUCGCGGUCCCUUCAACCGUGCAUCUCAAACUCCAAUACUACACAACCAAAGGAUAA